AGCGAGCUCCCUGCUCCAGCCUGCAGGCCGUCAUGGAGGAGGCUGACCUGCUGAAGGAGCGGCUCCAGGCCAUCACGGACAAGAGAAGAAUCCAGGAGGACAUCGCCAAGAAGCGACGGCAGAUCGAGGAGGAGAAGCUGAAGCUGCAGUACAUCAAGAAAAAAGCGCUGCGGGACCAGUGGCUGAUGGACGGCGUGAGCCAGCAGUCGGAGGAGGAGCAGGAGGCCAUGAGGCUGCAGGCGCAGGAGGACCAGCAGCAGAGCGACCAGCUGCAGAGCAACAUCCUCAGGAUAGAGAAGGAGAUCGAGGCCUUGGAAACACAGGAGCUCAGCAUCUCAGCCAAUGAGGAGACGGUCCUGAAGCGGCUGAAGGAGGUGGAGCGAACGGCGGAGGACAUCAUCAAGGAGCUAAAGGAAGAGUUCCUCUCAGUCCCAGACAUCCCAUCAUUCGUCCCAGCAGCGGUGGAGCCAGUCCGACCCGCCGGCCGGCCUGCUGAGGACGAACCGAAGAGAGCUACCUUUGCCAUGGAAAUCAGUGUGGAACAUGACAGGAGAACCGGGAAAUGUGAGGUGGUCUCCACCGCCACCGUCCCCGCCGGAAGCUUUCCAGAGAGGGGCUUGAAGGUCUACGAGGAUGGCCGCAGGUCCGUGUACGCCCUGCCAGCAGAGGGCGCCGAAGCCCACCCGGAGCUGGGAGAGAUGACCCUCUCCGAGGUGGAGGAGCUCCUGCGGCAGGCCACCGACAGGACGGUGCCCAGCGAGGUGCAGUACCACCAGCCGGUCUACUCCGCCCCCUACAGCGGCACCAGCAGACCGUCCACACCCAGGACACACAGCCCGGGCAGACCCCGACACCCAGCUGCCCCGGGAACGGACCUCAUGUCCACAAUGGUCAAGAAAAGGACACAUUCAAGACCGCCAGUCCCAGCUUCCUGCAUCGGACCACACCUCCAGAGUCCAGCGAGGUGGGGAAGAAGCCAUGCUGCCCUACUGCCACAUUCCAGGACCCAAACUGAUGGUCCUUCACCAGGUACCAGAGCUCCAGGACCCAGGACUGAUGGUCAUUCACCAGGUACCAAAUCUCCCGGACCCAGGACUGAUGGUCAUUCACCAGGUACCAGAUCUCCAGGACCCAGGACUGAUGGUCAUUCACCAGGCACCAAAUCUCCAGGACCCAGGACUGAUGGUCAUUCACCAGGUACCAAAUCUCCCGGACCCAGGACUGAUGGUCAUUCACCAGGCACCAGAUCUCCAGGACCCAGGACUGACCGCCGGUCACUGGUAGUCCCCACCCGGCAGCUCUUGUCUCCAUCACAGCCCGGUCUGACGGCAUGCCUGCCCCCAUGCAGGCGGUCCUCAGUGGGGUGGGAGGUCAGAGUCCUUCAGCCAGCAGUAAGUCUGAAGUGGACCCUGAAGUGGACUUCAGCAGACUCUCACCCUUCCAUGCUGGCAGUGCUUCUCCUGAACCUGGUCAACGCCCUGCCGGAGGGCCUGGAGUCUGAACCGGUCACCAUGAUCUUCAUGGGCUAUGAGAAUGCCGCGGACGAGGACGAGGACAUCCAGGCCGAGCUGGUCAUCGUAGGAAACAGUGAGGAAGAGGAAGAAGAUGGCGCUGAAGAUGAGGGUGAGACGGAGGAGUACCUGUCCUACCACCCACAGGGAUACCAGAGCAAAGUGUUCCGGCCCAAAGUGGGUGUAGCAAAGUUAGGCGGAGGAGACGUGGUCCCGGACACCUUCACACACUGUGACGACUUAGAGGCUCACAAGCCAACCUUCGUCCACAAGCCUGGAAAGACCAGCCCCUGCCUGCAGGGACAGGGCGUCGACCCGUCCACAAACACAGGCCCCGUCAACCUGGACCAGACCCAGCUGUGCUCCACUGGGAGAUAAGAGUAGAGAACCAGUUCCAGAUCAUCUGCAGGGCCGUCUCUUCCCCUGCUGCCUUGCUCAUGAGGUAACAGUGCAGUCUGGAGCUCUCUCAUAUCCUGACCAGAGAUGGAAACUCUUUCCCUCACAUCACUUCAACCAGAUCGGGCUUUGGAGAUUUGAGUGGCUUUAUUGCCACCUUCUGGCCACUUCGUGUUACUACAGUCACAUCACCACUGGUAAACUGACUGAGAGGUCAAAGAUUUUUAAUCUAACCAGCUGGUUUAAAAACGCUUGAGUCCAAAUCCUGACACAAUGAAUCAGUUUAGAUGAGCUGAAGACAAGCAGAACUCAUUUCAGGACUCCUCUCCCCCAGCAUCCCGCUGUGGACCAGCACUGAUGUAAUGAUCCACGAGAGUUUUAUCUGAACGCCACAGGAAGUGUCAAACUAACAACUAACUGCUUGUUUAGAUGUGUUUUUCUCUGAAUGGAACUAU